UUAAAAAAAGAACCGACGAUAAAAAGGAAGAAGAAGAAGGGGAAAGAGGAAAAAAAAUAAUAUAAAAAAGGAAGAAAAGAGAAAAGAGAGAGAACCCCUCCCCGAUUCGUUGUACUUGUCAUCACUCUUUAUCUCUCUCUCUCUCUCUCUCUCUCUCUCUCUCUCUCUCUCUUUCUUUCUUUUACACGCUUUAUCACUCUCUAUCUUUUUCUCUCCUUCUCUUCGUCACUCUCAUCGUCGACAAGGUGCGCGUUCCCGGAGAGAAACUUCGCGAGGAGAGAUCUUGAUACAAUCGUGUCUUUCUAAAUAUAUUCUCUCUCUCUUUUUCUUUCUUUCUUUCUUUCUUUCUCUCUUCUAUCUUUUUCUGCUUGUUUCGCUUUGUCUACAUUUAUCUCUUUCUCUCCCGCUCUUCCGGUACUUUAUAGAUGAUCUCGAUCACGAUCGAGAUAAUAUAAAUUGAUAGAGAGAUUAAAAAGGGAGUAUUUCAUCUGGUACGUAUUUGGAAAGAAGGGAAAAAAGAAAGGAAAAUAAGAAGAGGAAGAAGAAGAUUAGAAGUGGAGAAGGUGAAGAAACCAAAGAAAAAGAAAUAACAACAGUUUCUCUUUUUGCGAUAAGGAUAUCUCAAAGUUAAUUUUUUUUUCGAGAGAGACUACGAUCGUAUAAACAAUUUUAAAGAGAAAAACGAUCGAAGGGACGCUCGGUAUUUAUUCUUCGCUGUCGCGUGCGCGAUCCAGCAGUGCCUUCCUAGCCUCCCUCUUUUUCUUCUUAAACGUGCGUAUCAUCGCGUUUUACGAUUGGUGAAUUUCAUCCUUGCUGGUGGAAAUCAUUGAUAAAGAUAAUUCUUAGUGGGAUCAAGAACGAAGAAGGAAGGAAGAAGAAAAAGAAGAGGAAGCAGGAAAGAAAAGAAAUAUUUGCAUCUUUCGUGAAGGGAGAAGAAAGGAAAUAUUUGCGUGCUAGCAAGGAUCUUUUUUGUUGUCUCUAUCUCUAUCUCUAUCUCAAUCUCCAUCUCCAUCUCAAUCUCCUUUGUCCUGAAAUUCGCGUCUACGAAGCUAAAUCACAGGAGCAAAUAUGUCUUCGUCCUCGAGGACCUUCCCGCCGAUUCUCGUCGCGGCACUCGUCCUUUGCGUUGGUGUCGCACAGGGUAUCAGAUGUUACAAAUGUGGACAGUACAAUGAGGGAGUUGGAAGUAUCACGCCUUGCAUUAAUUUUACCGUUCAAAUGGGUUUGAAGGAUUGUCCACCUACUUCCGAAUGGUGCAUCAAAUAUGUCAGCGAAGGUUCGACGGUACGUGAUUGUGUCGAAACGUGCGUGGAAAAAGAGGCUUGGAGUACGAGAACGUAUUGCUGUCAGCAGGAUGGUUGCAACUCGGGUCCGUCGUUGACCUCUAGCAGCAAUGGUUACGUCGUUGUUCUCACGUUGACGAUGCUCGCUCUUAUUCUUGAACGAAGUCUUCGUGGCUAAUACGUCCUGACGCAGGAUGUAAGGAAGCCGUUUUACACGGCUCCAGGAUCGUCGGCUGCGGCCAGUUUUGGAAACGCGACCAUCUUCCUUCCUUCGACGAAAGGAAUAACAACAACAACAAUAACAACAACAUCAGCGGCAGCAACAAUAACGACAACGACAACAACAACAACAACAACAACAAUAAUAAUAGCAGCAGCAGCAGCAGCAGCAGCAGCAACAACAAUAAACAGAAGAAUCGUUACGGUUUGCGCUUAUGACGUUAAUGUUAAUGCCAUGUUUGCAAGAUUUCACGUAAGCAAAACGUAGUAACGUCAAACGGUUCCUUCCUGCCUUUUCCGAUUCAUCUUUUUCUCUUCCACCUGCUCUUCUUCUUCUCUUCUUCCUCCUUCUAUUUUUUCCCUCUUCACUCUUAUUUUCAUCCUCGUGGUUAUCGUUAUCGUUGUCGUUGUCGUUGUCGUUGUCGUUGUCGUUGUCUUCGUUCUCGUCCUCGUCCUCGUCGUCGUUUCUCGAGCGUUCUUUCAAUCGCAAACGAGUGCUCUACCUUUCGCUUUUAUCAUUUUUGUUUCUUUUCUCUAUCUAUCUCUCUUUCUCUCUCUUUCUCUCCUGAUAGUUUCCUUUUUAACGAGGAUUCGACAAUGAGGUUCUUGACGAUCGUAAUGCUUGGUAAUGAUCGAUGCGACUUUUUUGUCGAGCGACCACUCGCGUUCGAUACUCCCCCUUCGUUAUAGUUUUUGCUUUUUUACAUUUUUUUUUAUACUCCUCUCUCUCUCUCUCUCUCUCUCUCUCUCUCUCUCUCUCUCUCUCUCUCUCUGUCUGUCUGUCUGUCUUUCUCUUUCUCUCGCUCGCUCGCUCGCUCGCUCGCUCGCUUGCUCGCUUGCUUCUUUGAUAAAUAGUAUUCACCUUCGCCGGUCGUCUUCUCGUUUGCUUCAAUAACAUCUUUCACGAAAGAGUGUAAAAAAAGAAAGUCGCUCGAUAAAACCAAAUCGUAUGGAGAAAUGAAAAUUUUUGGAAACUUUGAAGGAUAAAGUUCUAAAAAAGUUCUAACAGAGCUCGUAAAAAUCUUUUGAACAGUCUUUCUCGCAGGUUUUUACUAAUAUCUAUCUAAUAUCUUCGAACUACGUGCUUCUUCUGUCGGGUAUAUAAAGCUUGAGAUAAGUAAAGAAAAAGAGAGAGAGAGAGAGAGAGAGAGAGAGAGAGAGAGAGAGAGAGA